UAAAAAAUGACAAAUAUUUAUAGAAAAACUGGUUAUUCUUGUGAUUAAACUAAAUAUUUUUAAUAAAUAACACAAUUUGUUACAGAUAAAUGGGUUAAUAAUGGGUCUUUACAAGCUAUUUAGUUAUAAUGUUGAAGUUCAUUAUAUGAGUUGUUUUCUAUCGAAAGCUACGCUUUUUACUCUAACUACUACCGUUUUGAAUUUUAUUUUACCUUUCAUAAUAGCUUACAGAGGCAGAGGUUUUUGGCUCCGAUCUCACAGUUUUUAUGAACAGCCAGUAGUACAAUUUACGUACGAAUACUUACUGGUAGCGGAGACUGAUGAUCCCACUGUAUCUAUACAAUGUGGUGCAACUAAUGAAAGCUUCGGAGAAUUUAUGAGAAAUGAAGAGAACUGUGUCGAGUUUCAGGUUCAAGAAUAUGAUGUCACUGGAGAUAAACAUAAUGAUGUGUUAGAUUUUAAAUUCUACUUAAAUGUGCCACGGGACAGAACAGUCACAUCUCUAAUUUUAAUUUUAGGAUUAAAUUUUCAAUUAAAGUCAGCCUGUCCACUGCAAAUGCAGAGUUUGGCAUUAGUGAAUAAGGAAUUCACAACACCACCUUCGGGGUUUAAAUAUUUUGCCGAUCUCGAGUUCUACCAAACAGCACAUUUACCCUGCAAACAUAACCUCAUGCACACUAAAUAUAACAGUUCUGUUUUUAAUUAUGAUAGAAAGAAACCUGGAAAUACAAUAGACUACAUACUGGAGAAAUACUAUAUGAGAGAAGUUACUACACACACAAAAGCACUGUAUUCAAGAAGUCAGAAUGGACAUACUGGUUCAGUACAAAUACAGGUUAGUGUAAGAGUGCCAGAAAUGGAAGUAAAAUACAUUCCAAGUUUGAUUCAAGAAAUAAAAUGGGCAUGGCCACAAUAUCUGUCUUUGGUUGUAGUCUUCUAUUGGAUAUUUAACAAAAUUAAAAAGUUUGUGUUCAAUAACCGGUUGGUUAUGGCCUGGGAGAUACUGCCCUGGAAGAAACAGCAAAUAGUAACAAAAAAGAAAUAUUACUAAACAAUAAAAAAAAUCACACUGCCAGAAAAUAGAACAAUGUAACAAAACAUAACAUCACGCCUUAUUAUCCCUGAAGGGAUAGGCAGAGGUGCACAUUACGGCACUUAACGCCACUAUACAUUGUAACACCAACUUUCCACUAUGUAAUAUAAUGGUAACAUGUCUUCCUGCUGCUCCAUAAAUGAAAGUGUUGUGAUUUUUAUUGUUAUUAUUAAUAAUGAAAACACAACAUUUUGCUGUCCAUCCUUAUCAAAGAAAAUUUACAUUUUUACUAUCCAGUGUACCUACCUCAAAUAAUGAAUUAUAGAUGAAAGUCUAAAAUAUCUCACCAAAAAAUAAAAAGAUUGAUAAAAAA